GAAGAGCCCGGUCAGGGCUCGGAGCCGCACCGGGGUGGCCGAGCCGGGCCGGGGAGGGCGGUGCCGGCUGUGCCUGCGCCUGCACGGGCACCCGUUGGCCGUGCGCGAAGUUGGCUGGCUUAAAAAUCGGUGGAAACAGAGACUUCUCCCAGCGUAUGGCCAGCUUCUUAGUUGUUGCAGGAGGAAGGCUCAGAGCAAACUUAGGGCGUACGUUGUGAGUUCAGCUGGUGUCAUGUUUCUUAGUUUCAACAGUAUGAAGUAAUUGGAAGAAAGAAAAUCCCCCUCUCCAUAUUUAACUUAGGUUUCAUUUUUACUCUGCAGUUUUGACAGGAUUGUCAGGAUGGUGGAUAAGAACAUUUACAUUGUACAAGGUGAAAUCAACGCGGUGGUGGGAGCCAUAAAGCGUAAUGCCCGAUGGAGCACUCACACACAUCUGGAUGAAGAAAGGGAUCCCCUGCUGCAUAGCUUUAGCCUCUUAAAAGAAGUGCUGAAUAAUAUAACAGAACUAUCUGAAAUUGAACCCAAUGUCUUUCUUCGGCCUUUCCUGGAAGUAAUCCGUUCUGAAGACACUACAGGCCCCAUAACUGGAUUGGCCCUCACCUCUGUGAAUAAGUUCCUCUCAUAUGCACUAAUAGAUCCCAGCCAUGAGGGCACAGCAGAGGGGAUGGAGAACAUGGCAGAUGCUGUCACUCAUGCCCGAUUUGUGGGCACGGAUCAUGCGAGCGAUGAGGUUGUCUUGAUGAAAAUCCUACAGGUUUUGAGGACCUUGCUGCUUACUCCAGUGGGAGCCCACCUUACCAAUGAAUCUGUGUGUGAGAUCAUGCAGUCCUGUUUCCGCAUAUGCUUUGAAAUGAGACUCAGUGAGUUAUUGAGAAAAUCUGCAGAGCACACUCUGGUCGACAUGGUGCAGCUGCUCUUCACAAGAUUGCCUCAGUUUAAAGAGGAGCCUAAAAGCUAUAUGGGAACGAACAUGAAGAAGAUCUCUUCAUGUCUCCUCAACAAACUGGAGCUAAGUAGUGGGGAACAGCCCAAAGCCCUGAACCAAUUAGAGAGGGUAUUGCUCUUUAAGAACCUGAAGGCUUACAGUAUCUUAUGGAAAAACAAACGAGUGCAGUUGAAAAUGAGAGCUGGAGGAAUGAGCGAAUCAUCAAAAUGGAAAAAGCAGAAGAGAUCACCAAGGCCUCCUCGCCAUGUAACUAAGGUCUCUCCUGGGACAGAACAACCAGCAGCCAAUGCUAGUAACACCACAGCAAGCGGAGUUACUUUCAUAGAUGCUCCUUCUCCCAGCUCCUCUGGGAGCUCAGAAAACGUUUCAUCUGCAGUCAGCCCUGCUACAGACAGUGGUUUGGAGUUGUCCUCACAGACUACCUCCAAGGAAGACCUGACAGACUUGGACCAAGUUGCUUCUUUGGGUCUUAAUGCAGGAAUCCCUUCAAGUGAGGCCAAAGUCACUGAAAAUCAAAAUCAGCCGGAACUCCAGAAUGAAAGUCUGAGGGAGGGGAAGAUCCAGUCAGCUUCUGUUGAGUCUAUCCCUGAGGUCCUAGAGGAGUGCACAUCUGUAGCGGAACAUUCUGACUCUGCCUCAGUUCAUGACAUGGACUAUGUAAAUCCCCGAGGUGUACGUUUUACUCAGUCUUCCCAAAAAGAAGGAGCAGCACUGGUCCCAUAUGGUCUACCAUGUAUUAGAGAACUGUUCCGCUUUCUUAUCUCACUCACCAACCCUCAUGACCGCCACAACUCUGAGGUGAUGAUCCACAUGGGGCUGCAGCUGCUAACUGUUGCCCUGGAGUCAGCACCCAUUGCAAACUGCCAGUCCCUCUUGGGACUUGUGAAGGAGGAGUUGUGCCGGCAUCUAUUUCAACUGCUGAGUGUUGAACGGCUCAAUCUGUAUGCAACCUCCCUCAGGGUGUGCUUUCUUCUCUUUGAGAGCAUGAGAGAGCACCUGAAAUUCCAGCUGGAGAUGUAUGUCAAGAAGCUGAUGGAAAUAAUCACUGUGGAAAACCCAAAGAUGCCCUAUGAAAUGAAGGAGAUGGCUUUGGAAGCCAUUGUUCAGCUGUGGAGGAUUCCCAGUUUCGUGACGGAGCUCUACAUUAACUAUGACUGUGACUACUACUGCGCCAACCUCUUCGAGGAGCUCACCAAGCUGCUCUCCAAGAAUGCCUUCCCGGUUUCUGGGCAGCUGUAUACUGUCCAUCUGCUGUCUCUGGAAGCGUUGCUGACAGUGAUAGAUAGCACUGAGGCACAUUGCCAGGCCAAAGUGCUGAGUAACGUACAUCAACAAGAGAAGGAAGUCAAAUCCAGCCCAGAAACCAUGAACAGCACCAAAGAAACAAGCAAUAAUAAUGAGAGGGUACUCAGUGAGGGAAAAUCUUCCAGUGCAGUUUCAGAGCCAGCUGGGGCAUGUCCUCCCACCAGUGGGUGCCUUAUGGCUGACCAGAUGAAGGAGGGCUGCAUGGAAUUGGAAGGAGGAAGUGAGGCAGCUGAGAAGAGUAUCCCCAGGAAGCCUACUCGAUUUUCUUGUAUCCUUCCAAGCCCUCAAGAACUUAUGCAGAUUAAGAAAAAAAAGAAGCUCCUGAUAACCGGCACAGAGCAGUUCAACCAAAAGCCAAAGAAAGGUAUACAGUUUCUGCAGGAGAAGAACCUUCUUGCCACCCCCAUCGACAACAAUGAGGUGGCCAGGUGGCUACGGGAAAAUCCUCGCCUGGACAAAAAGAUGAUUGGGGAGUUUGUGAGUGACCGUAAGAACAUAGACUUGCUGGAAAGCUUUGUUGGGACUUUCAGCUUCCAAGGUUUAAGGCUGGAUGAAGCUUUACGGCUUUAUCUAGAGGCCUUCAGAUUACCAGGAGAGGCGCCGGUAAUCCAGAGACUGUUGGAAGCCUUCACAGAACAUUGGAGGAAAUCAAAUGGAUCCCCAUUUGCUAAUAGUGAUGCCUGCUUUGCCCUGGCCUAUGCAGUUAUUAUGCUGAACACUGACCAGCACAACCAUAAUGUCCGCAAGCAGAAUGUCCCAAUGACUCUGGAGGAGUUUCGGAAGAACCUGAAAGGUGUGAAUGGAGGCAAAGACUUUGAACAGGACAUAUUGGAAGACAUGUACCAUGCCAUCAAAAAUGAUGAGAUAGUGAUGCCAGAAGAACAGACGGGCCUGGUGAAGGAAAACUAUAUCUGGAAUGUCCUGCUACAUCGCGGUGCCACUGAUGAGGGAAUAUUUCUCCAUGUGCCUCCCGGAAGCUAUGACCAUGAUCUGUUCACCAUGACGUGGGGGCCAACUAUUGCAGCACUUUCUUAUGUUUUUGACAAGAGCUUAGAAGAAACAAUCAUCCAGAAGGCUAUCUCUGGUUUCAGAAAAUGUGCAAUGAUUUCUGCUCACUAUGGCCUUAGCGAUGUGUUUGACAAUCUCAUAAUUUCCCUCUGCAAGUUUACAGCCCUCAGCAGCGAGUCUAUUGAGAACCUGCCCACUGUUUUUGGAAGUAAUCCCAAGGCCCAUAUUGCAGCAAAGACUGUGUUUCACUUGGCCCAUCGCCACGGUGACAUUCUGCGGGAGGGCUGGAAAAACAUCAUGGAGGCCAUGCUACAGCUUUUCCGAGCAGAGCUGCUGCCCAAGGCCAUGGUGGAGGUUGAAGACUUUGUGGAUCCUAAUGGCAAAAUCUAUCUGCAACGUGAGGAGACACCAUCUAACCGUGGUGAAUCUACAGUGCUGAGUUUUGUUAGUUGGCUCACCCUCAGUGGGACGGAGCAAUCUGGUAUGAGAGGGCCAUCUACAGAGACACAGGAGGCAAAGCGAACGGCUCUGGAAUGCAUAAAGCAAUGUGAUCCUGAGAAGUUGAUCACAGAAAGCAAAUUCCUCCAACUUGAAUCCCUCCAGGAGCUCAUGAAGGCUCUAAUCUCUGUGACUCCUGAUGAGGAGACAUAUGAUGAAGAGGAUGCUGCCUUCUGCUUGGAGAUGCUUCUGAGGAUUGUGCUAGAGAAUAGGGACCGUGUGACCUGUGUCUGGCAAACUGUCCGAGACCACCUCUAUCAUCUCUGUGUCCAUGCGGUGGAGUUCUGCUUCUUGGUGGAGAGGGCAGUGGUGGGGCUGCUGAGACUGGCAAUUCGGCUCCUUCGUCGGGAAGAAAUUAGUGCACAGGUUCUCCUCUCAUUACGUAUCCUGCUCAUGAUGAAGCCAAAUGUGCUGUCCAGAGUUAGCCAUGAGGUUGCCUAUGGCCUCCAUGAACUCCUGAAGACCAAUGCUGCUAACAUUCACUCUGGAGAUGACUGGUACACGCUCUUCACCCUCCUGGAGUGUAUUGGGUCUGGGGUGAAGCCGCCUGCAGCCCUGCAGGUUACAGCAAGGGCAGAUAAUGAUACAGGUGCUCAGUCAGACAGCGAGGUCUCCUCCUCCUAUCAUCCAAGUGACAUGAGCCUGGACCGAGGCUACACCUCUGAUUCAGAGGUGUACGCAGACCACGGGAAGCCAGGCAAGAUGCAUCGCUCAGUGACAGAUGUGGAUGUCAUGAACAGUGGCUGGCUAGUGGUGGGGAAAGAUGACAUUGACACCUCCAGAUCCACUGCUGGGCUCAGCAGGCUGGGGCCAUCUCCUCUUGUCAACCAGUACAGCCUGACUGUGGGGCUGGAUUUGGGCCCACAUGACACAAAGUCUCUCAUGAAGUGUGUAGAGUCCCUGUCCUUCAUCGUGCGAGAUGCUGCCCACGUCACACCUGAGAACUUCGAGCUCUGUGUCAAAACCAUCCGCAUCUUUGUGGAGGCGAGCUUGAAUGGGGGCUACAAGUCCCAGGAGAAGAGGGGGAAGAGCCACAGGUAUGACAGUAAGUCUGGUCGGUUAAAAAAAAAGCCAAAGGAGAACUCCACACGGCGAUCACGGGUCUUGAGCCAGCACCAGGCACACACACACAGUGAUGAGGAUGAGGAUGAGAGCAUCCCUGCCAGCUACCACACUGUGUCUUUACAGGUUAGUCAGGACCUCCUGGACCUCAUGCACACCUUGCACACGCGAGCAGCCACCAUCUACAGCUCCUGGGCAGAGGAGCAACGCCAUCUAGAGACAGCAGGAAGGAAAAUCGAAGCAGAUUCCCGAACACUGUGGUCCAACUGCUGGUGCCCUUUGCUACAGGGUAUUGCCUGGCUGUGCUGUGAUGCCCGACGGCAGGUACGGAUGCAGGCACUCACUUACUUGCAGCGGGCUCUCCUGGUACAUGACCUGCAGGCCCUGGAUGCCCUGGAAUGGGAGUCCUGCUUCAACAAGGUGCUGUUUCCUCUACUAACCAAGCUACUUGAGAACAUCAGCCCAGCUGACGUUGGUGGGAUGGAAGAAACUAGGAUGAGAGCCUCAACACUACUCUCCAAGGUGUUCCUACAGCAUCUCUCCCCGCUGCUCUCACUGACCACCUUUGCUGCCCUGUGGCUGACAAUCCUGGACUUUAUGGACAAAUAUAUGCAUGCUGGCUCCAGUGACUUACUGCUGGAGGCCAUUCCAGAGUCUCUGAAGAACAUGCUGCUUGUAAUGGAUACGGCUGGGAUAUUCCACAGUGCUGACUCACGGACAGGAUACUCAGAUCUCUGGGAGAUCACCUGGGAGCGGAUUGACUGUUUCUUACCUAGACUGCGGGAUGAGCUCUUCAAACAGACCAUCAUCCAAGAUCCUGUCCCCAGCAUACCAAUGGAGCAGCAGCAUCAGAAAUCAAUAGUGUCUGCUCUGCCCCCUUCCUCUGUGGGGGAUGUGAGACCAGCCACGCACCUGGCUCCUUUGGAGAAGCCUUGUGAACUGGGUGCCAGUGAGUCUGAGAGAGCCACUGCACCUGCCUCACCCACCAUCAGCACCUCUGCCUCUCCUUCUUUCCCAGCAUCAGCUCCAACAAAGACAAGCCCCGUUACAGACAUACCUCCUACGACAGCACAGCCACCACUCAUCCUGCAGCCUCUUGCAUCUCCCCUGCAGGUUGGGGUGCCACCUAUGACUCUGCCAAUCAUUCUCAACCCAGCCCUAAUUGAAGCCACCUCUCCUGUUCCCCUCUUAGCCACUCCACGGCCCACUGACCCCAUGACAGCCUCUGAAGUCAAUUAGUUUGAGGGUGUCUGAGAACUGUCUGCUGAGGAAGUUUUGUGGGUGGAGGAUGCUGGCCAAAUGUUCUCUGGUAGUGGGCAUGUUUGUUUUAGAAGAUGAUGCUAACCUGAGCAGAAGGGCUGCUGCCACAAUUCCCUUGGAGCACAUCACGUUCUGCUCCCUUCUUGUGGCAACCACCUAGAAAUCUGCCUAGAAAUCCCUGUCGUCUUGGAGGGGUGCCCAGUUCCACUGACCAGUCUCCUUCCUGCCUUCACAGUCUCGGGGCCAGGCAAUGUCCACACCCAGCAGCCUGGGACCAAGCUACCACCAGUUCAUCUGGUGAAGAGGGAAGACUCAGAAGUCGCACCAGAGAGGGGCUGCAGUACAGGACUGCCUCUCAGAUUAUUCAGUCCAGUCCCUGGCCAAUUCCCCAGCCAUUCCCUAGCUUUUCCUGUCCAUGCUUCUGGUCGCACUGCUUUGUUUGGGCUCUGGGCAUGCCUGGGAUCAGCAGGUUGAGAAUUCUGUGUAGAAAUGUGGAUUGCUUACAGUGCAGCUCCCAGCUUGCUAUGUAGGGCUUCUUGUCUGCUGUAGCCAUGUGCUUUCCUUCUGCAACAUGGAUCACAGCAAUCCCCAUGCCAGAUGGGGAGCGUGGUAGGGGCAGCACUGCUUUCCUUCCUCCUCCUGUAAAUGUAAUCAGGCUUUCUGGUUGGAGGAAGCAAAUUCAGAAGGCUCUGCCUAGUUGAGCAGAUAAGAAGGAAAUGCAGAGUCCCGUGAGCUGAGAGCAGAGCACCAUGGCCAUCUCUCAAACAGUGCUUGGGGAGCCACUCCCCCAGGGUGCACAGCAGUGCUGUGUUGUCCACCACUCGCUACAUUGGCCUUUUUGUGUCCAGCCCCAUUCCUUAGGAGAACAUCCUCUUCAGCCAGAGAAGAUGUGGGGAUCUGUGCUACCUGCUGACAGAUGCCCAGCAAGUCUGCUGUGCUUUGUCUUGGAAGCUCUGCAGAGAUUGCACCCUUCUGCAUCUUCUAGUUGUGGGAGCCCACCUCCUUCUCCACCUAGAAUGCCCCUGCAGCUGAGGCCCUGGUAGUCAUUCUUGUGCUUCUGCCUUGCAGCGAGGAUGUCCCGCUCUUCCACCCCCUCAUGCCCAGAACAGAGCUGGCUGCCUGGCAAGUGCUGCAUCUCCGUUCUUCCUCCUCUCUCAAUUAGUUGGCUAAAUUCUCAGUAAUAUCAAUCUUGGAAAUCCCACUGGUGACUGGGAGGGACAUGGGUGGGACUCCAACCCAGUGUAUACUGUACUGAGAGGAACCUACGGUUGGGGUUGGAGUACAACCAGUGUACAUACAGAGUAAAUGGCUACAAAUCCAAUGGACUUUUUACAGUGUAAUAAAUACAUCCUGUAAAUUAA